AUGGUCCGUGCAUUGCCAGUGGUCAUGUCCAAAGACCCAAGGAAGCUGCCGGUACCAGCAAGAUUCAACACUGCGCUGUUCAUGAAGAAAGAGCUUUAUACAAUGGCAAGUCACGAGGGAGUCGUCGACGAGCCAGAACAGUUUUAUCUGAACAACUAUAUUGCUAUGAUUUCAUAUGCUAUAUUGUGCAACUGGGGCCAUGUAGCGCUAUAUAGUUUCUGGACUUCAUGGCCUGAUAGAUACAGAAACCAAAGAAAUAGCCAAGAAGGUUCUUCACAAACUUACUGGAGAAUCAGCAGAAUAUGGUUGAUACUCCUUGUCCUGGUAUUCAUUUGGGUUACAUGUUCUGGUAUCAAUGUGAUUCUGAUUACUGGAAGUAUGAAGAAUUAUAUAGAGUUUUGGUAUAACCUAGCCAGUCAAGCCUUUGAGGCUUUAGCAUCCAGUAUAUCUUCUGCCUGCUCUUUAUAA